AUGGACGCCGCCAAAAAAGCCCAGGACGCUGUGCAGGCCGGCCAGUACGACGUCGCAGUUGCGAAGUACACCGAGGCACUCGCCUCACAGCCCACUGCGGUUUCAUACUACAUCGGCCGUUCCACCGCCUAUCAGCGUCUUUCGCCGCCCAACCUCGAAGCAGCGCUCCAGGAUGCCGAGAUCGCCGUGAACCUUGCUCACAAGCGCCAGAAGCGCGAGCUCAUCGGCGAAGCCCAGCAUCGUCGCGCCGUCGCCCUAUUCGCUUUGGGACAAUACGCAAACGCAGGACACGUCUUUGGCAUUGUCAAGAAGUUCAACGAGAAUGAGAAGACGCUGCCGAUGUGGGCAAUGAAGAUCGAAAGCAAGCUUAAGAACCUGCCCGAGGGCGACGAGGCCCUCAAGGUCACUGCUGUCGACGUCCCCGACACUGAACCUGAAUCUGCACCCAAGCCUCAGUCCACAAAGUCUAGCGACUCUUCCACCACUAAGGGAGAGCAGAAGGCAUCGGCGACUCCCAGCGUUCCACAGCUCACUCCCGCGGACAAGGUCAGGCAUGAUUGGUACUCAUCGGGCGAGAGCGUCACCAUCAGCAUCCUAGCCAAGGGUGUGCCCAAAGACAAGGUCACGGUCGAGAUAGAAGAACGCAGUUUGGCGGUAUCCUUCCCCACGGCGAAUUCGACGACGUACGAAUUCAACCUCGAUCCUCUCUUCGCGCCUGUCGUUCCCGACCAGUCGACGUACAACGUCACUCCUUCCAAGGUCGAAAUCAUACUCAAGAAAGCCACCUCGGGCCUCAAGUGGUCUGCGCUGGAGAGCACGGACGAGUCACUGGUCCAAUCCGCCGCCACCAAGGUUUCUGCCAAGCCAACCGCGUCGGCUCCGUCCUACCCUACGUCGUCGCGCUCCGGGCCGAAGGAUUGGGAUAAGGUGGCCAACGACUUGACCAAGCCCAAAGAUACAAGUGCCGAUAGCCUGGAAGAUGACGAGGAGGGCGGAGACCCUGCCAACGCCUUCUUCCGCAAGCUGUACCAGGGCGCAGACCCAGACACGCGCAGGGCUAUGAUGAAGAGCUUCCAGGAAAGCAACGGCACGGCUCUCAGCACCAAUUGGGCUGAGGUCAGCAAGGCAAAGGUGGAGACGAGCCCGCCUGAGGGCAUGGAAGCCAAGCAGUGGGAGGCUUGA